GGACAGACGCGGGGGGCGUGGCGAGGGUGGGCUGGGCAACAACAAGAGGGGGGGAACACGAGGGGAGGUGGCGAGGGCAGGCGGCGCAGCAGCGGUUGGGGGAUCAAACGCGGGGGAAGGAGCGACAGCUGUCUCUUAUACACAUCUAGAUGUGUAUAAGAGACAGCAACAAGAGGGGGGGAACACGAGGGGAGGUGGCGAGGGCAGGCGGCGCAGCAGCGGUUGGGGGAUCAAACGCGGGGGAAGGAGCGACAGCAGGGGUGAAGGUAAGCGAUGUCGCAGGGGAGGGGGACGGCGACGAGGCAUUGGUGAGCAGGUUGCGCCAGCGGAAUACGCGGGAAGGAAUGGAGGCAGCGAGAAGCUAUGGGUGGAUGACCUCCGCUUCUGGAACGAAAGGGAGGGAUUCGCCAUCGUGAAGUUGAUCGUGGAGGCGUGCGGGUAUCUUGUGGCCGUGGCGCAGGGAGAGCAGCCUCCGCCCAUUCGUUGCAGCAUUGUCUUGCCUCACAACAGCAUACCGCAGCAGAAGAUCGCAGACGAGUCGGAAUUCAACGCUGCGAAGGAGAGGGCGGUGAAGGUUCAGGGGAUCGCUUUGCGGGUGAUACACGGGUGGGUCUUCAAGUCUCAGAACAGGCAACGGGGGUACCACGCGGCGCUUAUACACAUCUAGAUGUGCAGCAUACCGCAGCAGAAGAUCGCAGACGAGUCGGAAUUCAACGCUGCGAAGGAGAGGGCGGUGAAGGUGCAGGGGAUCGCUUUGCGGGUGAUACACGGGUGGGUCUUCAAGUCUCAGAACAGGCAACGGGGGUACCACGCAGCACUGAACCACGUGGCCACCGACAUCGCUCGCGCCAUGUGGAUGGGGGAGGACUUGCGUAAUUGUGUGAGCCCCAUGGUGUGUUAUUCACUGUGUCUUCGAAUAGUGAGUAAUAAGGAACUGGCGGCCAUACAGACUAGGGGCUGCCCUUGCAGGCUUUUGUACUGUUUUUUUUUUUUUCUUUUUUUUUUUCUUUUUUUU